CUUUCCUCAUCUCGAUAUCUUCUUUUUUUUUCGAGUAAAGACUGUUCAACUUUGCAGAAAAGAGAGAAAUAUUGCUUUGGGUUUCAUUAAAGUAGCAAGGAGAGAGGUUUUGGUGGAUUAAUAAUUACUCAUGUUGCCGAAUAACUCUUCUUCCUGCUUAGACAAUGGCACUGCUAAUAUCAAUAAGAGGAAAAGAAGACCUGCAGGAACACCGGAUCCGGAUGCUGAAGUGGUUUCCCUGUCGCCUAAAACGCUGCUGGAAUCGGAUCGUUACGUUUGCGAGAUCUGCAAUCAAGGGUUCCAGAGGGACCAGAACCUGCAGAUGCACAGGCGGCGGCACAAGGUUCCAUGGAAGCUGCUGAAGAGAGAGACGCCGGUGGUGAGGAAGCGGGUGUUCGUUUGCCCCGAGCCGAGCUGCUUGCACCAUGAUCCCUGCCAUGCUCUAGGCGAUUUGGUGGGGAUCAAGAAGCACUUCAGGAGAAAACACAGCAACCACAAGCAAUGGGUGUGCGAUAAAUGUUCCAAGGGCUACGCUGUUCAAUCUGAUUACAAGGCUCAUCUUAAAACCUGCGGCACCAGAGGCCAUUCUUGUGAUUGCGGCAGAGUUUUUUCAAGAGUUGAGAGUUUUAUUGAGCAUCAAGAUGCUUGCCAUAUGGGGUGUGUACUACGGCCAGAAUCACAAGCGGUGCAGUUGGCUAGCUUGUCCCGGACAGCUUCAAGUCCCAGUCCAUCAACUAAUACACAUUUCAGUACAGCUCCAUGGCCUAGUUUGGUCUUACCAAAGACAAAUGAACCCUGGUUGUUGAGCCCUACGAAAGACAAUUCCCACAACAAUUUGGAGCUUCAACUAUUACCAAUUUCAAAUCCCAGUGAGGUGCCAAAGGAUGACAAUCAUUCAACAAAGCUACAGCUCUCCAUCAGCUCUCAAUCAACUGCACUACAAGCAGCAGCACCCCAGCAGUUGAGACUGGCGAUGGAGGAGAAAGCUUAUGCCGAAGAGUCGAGACGAGAAGCGAAAAGGCAGAUCGAGAUAGCCGAGCAGGAGUUCUCAAAGGCUAAGAGAAUCCGGCAACAAGCACGAACCGAGUUAGAAAAGGCUCAAACUUUAAAGGAUCACGCAAUAAAGCAAAUCAACUCCACCAUCCUUCAAAUCACAUGCCGUGCUUGUAAACAACAAUUCCAAGCAAGAACACCUCCCGAGGAGAACUCCCUAGUCGCCAGCUACAUUUCAUCGGCUUUAACAGAAGGUGAAGUUGAAAACGAUAUUCAAACAUAAAACCCAUAUCAUCUUUCUUAUCUCUACUGAUAUACAAAAAAAAAACACAAGUACUGUUGUUUUUGAUCAUCUGAAGUUUGGUUGGUUAGUGGAGAGUGUUGUAUUCUACAAUUUGUGUGAUGUAAUUUGUUCAUUAAUUUGAUUAAAGUAAUGGGAGUUAUGUAGUGUUGGGUUU